AUGAGUGUUGGAUUCUUGGGAUUGGGCGUAAUGGGGACGCCAAUGGCGCUCAAUCUGUGCCGCAAAUUUCCAACGACUGUUUGGAACAGAACAUCUUCCAAAUGUGCAGCAUUAGUACAAGCUGGUGCUGAACUCGGUCAAACGCCAGCCCAAGUGGUUGAACAAUCCGACGUCAUCUUCACCAUGAUGUUUGACGGUCCUGCCAUACGAUCUGUCAUUGACGAUGAUUUCAGAAGGGCGCUGCGAGGCAAGACGCUUAUCAACACGAGCUCAGUGUCUGUGGAAUUCAGUCAUAGCAUGGCAAGAGAGGUUCAUGAAGCAGGGGGCAAGUUUGUCGAGAUGCCGGUCAGUGGGAGCAAAGUGCCGGCUGAAACAGGCAAUCUGGUGGGAAUGAUGGCUGGCGACCAGAUUGAGUGCGAGAAUAUCCGACCGUUUAUCGAGCCGAUAACUAGCGCCGCCAUCUAUUGCGGACCUAUUGGAACUGGGCUGAGAACCAAGUAUGCAGUCAACACCUUUCUCAUAACUGUUACAGCUGGCCUCGCGGAAUCGAUGAAUUUGGCUCGGGCGCAAGGUCUCAACCUUGACGCUUUCAGUAGCGUGCUGGAUGCUGGCCCUCUGGCUUCUUCUUACUCGAGAAUAAAGCUGGCCAAGAUGGCCAAAGCCGAUUGGUCUCCUCAAGCGGCUGUAAAGGACUGCUACAACAGCACUGAGCUUAUUCGGGCUGCGGCAAAGGCUGCAGAAGCAAAAACACCUCUCAUCGAAGUUUGCAACUCUUUGUAUCGACAGGCAAUGGAAUCCGGACUGGAGGAUGAGGACAUGUGCGCCGUCUAUAGAGUAAUGUCAGAGAAAUGA